GUCAUAUGCAUCCAGAACCAGGAUCACACAGCCAACCGCAGCCACAUUCCUCCCAGCAGUCAGGAGAUCAGGACCGAGAGUGCGGCGAAAAUAAGAGUGACGAUCAGGAGGGCUGAUGCGAUGGAGCUGAACUUUCAAGAUGUGCUUCCCUUAUCCUAAAAUAGCUCUCUGGUGAAUCCUUGUACUGCAAAUAUUACAACUGUAUCGUUACAUCCUCGCCGUCAGCUGCUCCUCAUAGAGGCAUGUCGCUCGCCGCAACCGCGAACUGUGCCAUGCCUACUAUUUCCAUGAGUGCGACCCGCAUUGUGGUUUCUCGACCAACGAGUCGCCGGAGUUGCGUUUCCGAGUUUACGGGACGGCCCGUGGCGGCGAAUGUGUGCCCGACAGGCCGUUCACCCUUACAUAGCAACUUCUUUCCUCGGCCAAUCUCCUUCUCCCGCCAACCACACGUCGUCGCGUCCACGUCAGCCUCCUCCACGUCAGCCUCUGCCACGUCAUCGUCCGCCAUGACUUCCAGCGCCACUGACCCCGUCCCCGCAUCCGACUGCGCCGAGGAAGCGUCCGUCCGGCAGAUGAGUCCGGAGGAGCACUGGUGGUGGGGCGCGUCGAAGGGCCGCAUGGGCAACUGGCACGGGCAAUGGCGCACGUGGAAGCCGUUCCAGUCACGCGACGCCAUCCGAUCCGUGAAAUCCGUGCGGAAAUUGUGGGCCACGUCACCCGACCUGAGCAGCUACGCUCAUAUGAACGACUGGUACGACCUUGAGGGCGAGGCCCCCAAGCAGGCGCCCAGGGUGGGCGUGCAGUGGGACCUGUCCCUGGCGGAGCACAGCCUGCCAGACGGGAUCUGCCACGUGGCAAACAGCAACGCGCGCCGCUACGUGGUCAGCAGGGAGGGGGACGGCAUAUGGGGCCCUCUCGACGUGGCUGAUGGGGCAGGCGGGAUCAAGCCGCCUCUCAUGGUCGAGUUCUUCUUCUCACACACCGACACGGCUCGUCUCGGCAGCAGUGUGGUGUUUGAGCCAGACGGUGCGUUGGCAGCCUCAGUCGUUGUGGAGGAGUCGCUAGACACCAACGACCGCCGCCCGCAAGACUGGGUCUCACCCAUGUGGGGCCCGGGCGUCACUUCAUCCCAACUGCCCGACCACCUGCCGCCCGUUCCAGCGCUAGAUGACAAGACGAUGCUGGGAACGCGCACCAUUCUGACGCGCAACCUGAUGGUCCAGGAGAGGGAGAACGUGUCCUGGGCAGAGGAGUGGAGCACCAACAGUGCUGUGGCUGCUGCCACCGUAUCAGCUGCUGCUGCUGCUGCUGCUGCUGCUGCGGAACCUGAUCCAGCAGGAGAAGCUGCUGCUGGCAGCAGCAACGCUGGCCUGUCUGCAGUAGAGGUGGCAGCAGCGGCAGUUGGGUUUAUGGGGCGGGUGCCAGAGGGCGACGAGCACCUGUACGCAGUCUUCGCUCUGCCCCAGGGGGUGGUGAUGUGUGCUCCGCGCUCGCUGCCGCUCGUGGCGGGGAGGCAGUUUGUGCUGUCGGCGUCGUGGGUGGUGGGAGCGGGCGAGGUGAAGCGGAUCACUGCCUCCUGGGGGGCGGAUGGAGGCUUUGCGCAGGUGGAGGGGGAGUGCUACAGAAGAGUAUGAAGGGGGCAACUGCAGAUGCAGCUGGUGGAAGGGAGGUGGCGUGUGCUGUCGGCGUCGUGGGUGGUGGGAGCGGGCGAGGCGAAGCGGAUUACUGCUGCGUGGGGGGCUGAUGGGGCCUUGGAGCAAGUGGAGGGGGAGUGCUACAGGAGAGUAUGAUGGGGGUUUGAGCUGGUUGUAGGGGCAUGGUGCAGGAGAAGGAUGAAAAACGCUGGGAUGGGUGGUGGUGUGCACACUCUGGUCGCUGCAGCUGGUGGCUAGGAGAAGUUGCGCGUCGGCAGCGUCACGCGUGCUUCAUGGAUGCUUCAUGGGUGCUGGGAGUAGAUAGAUGUGGUCAAUUCGGUUACUGGGGAAGAAGCUGUGCUUCCGCUACAUACAUGACAACUUGAUUU